GCGGUUGUUUUGUGCACUCGAUUUGGGAAAACGCCGCAUUCGCCGAAAUAACAUUUUAUGUUUUGCAGGUUCUUGAAAGCUUACAAAUUUUGCUGUAUUAAACAAAAAGUGCUCUUGUCAGCAUGGAGGACCAGGCAUGUCCGCGUUGCAAAACAACCAAAUACCGCAACCCAUCGCUGAAGCUGAUGGUCAACGUUUGUGGUCACACGCUCUGCGAAUCUUGCGUUGAUCUACUUUUUCUGAAAGGAUCCGGAUCAUGCCCCGAGUGUAUGGUGCCGUUACGGCGUAACAAUUUUCGAGUACAACUCUUCGAAGAUCCCAUGGUUGAAAAGGAAGUGGAUAUAAGGAAACGUGUGUUACGCGAUUACAAUAAAAAGGAAGACGAUUUCGCAACAUUGCAAGAGUACAAUGACUACUUGGAAGAAAUUGAAACUAUAAUCUACAAUCUCUGCAAUAACAUCGACAUUCUUGGCACAAAUAAACGGAUCGAAGCAUAUCGACGUGAAAAUCGUGAUAUCAUACAACGUAACAAGACACGCAUGGGACGUGAGGAGUACGAACUGGAGGAGAUGCUCGAGCUGGAGCUAGCACAAGAGGAGGCGCGUCGUCAGGAAUUAGCCGAAUUAGAAACAGAGCAAAAGAAAAAGAAAGCACGCGAGAAGGAGGCGCUCAUCGACGAACUGAUGUGCAGUGGUAAAGAUGCAUCAGAAAUUGUAAAUGAAUUUGCUGAGAAAGUGGAAAAACUGCGCGAAGAAGAAAAGAAGGUACCACCGCCCAAACCAACAACAGAAUUCUCGACGGGCAUCAAAUUCGGACGUUCUACCGAUCAAAUGUUCCUGCCAUUGCCAAAGACGGAGGAGGGACCACUCUAUGUGCACAAAAUGCCGACAUUGUACAUGGAAGGGCCAUCUCCGCCCAGCGGCGCUGAUGUUGAGGCAAAAGGUUUCAUUACACACAUACGGCCUGAAAAUAGCGCUGAGCGCGCUGGCGGUUAUCGGGCACAUAUGGCUUGUCAGCGUGCCUUGCAAGAGGCAAUGAUGGGACUUUAUCAUGGAGCGCCAGCGGUUAAUUGACAUAAUGGAAAGAAAGAUUGCGGAGAGAUGGCGCUAAGCGUUGAUUGAAAAUUUAAAUAUAAUACAUACAUACAUAUCGAUGAUCCUCUGCAAUAACGACGCAAUCCAAAAUUCAAAAAUUAAUAUCUUAUCCUUGUACAAUCUACGUCUUGUCCUUAAUAAAGUAAGGGGUAAGGAUCCCUUAAGUAAGUAGUAAUGAUUCGACAUGGAUUAGACAAAAAUUAAGGAUAUGAGACACUUAACAGUAGGAGUUUAAAUUUUCUGAACUUUGGAAUGUGCCGUUAUUGCAGAGGACCAUCGAUGUCUUACUUAGCGGCAAAAACUAAUUUCCUACUGCAUGUAUAUAUUUGGUGUGUUCAGAAAUGCAUCAAGCCAAAACAUCAUGCUCUUUUAUUUCUAAAACAUAAUGGAAAUGUCCAAUAUGUGGUUAAAUAAAUGCGAACGUAGUCGCGUAGAUUAGGUAUGUAUUUUCAACAAUUAUAGAUUAAAAAUAAGAGGCUUUAGCUUGAUGAAUUUCUGCACACACGCCUUCACGUAAAUUGUAAUUCAUGUAGGUUUAAAAAUAUCGUUAAUUUUAAUUUUUUUUUGCAUAGUUGCCAAAAGAAUAAGGACACCCAAAUGUAUAACAAAUUAAUUUCUUUGCCCAUUUAUAAAUAAAUAAGCAAAACACUGGUUCUUGAAAAUAUAAAUUCAUUUUACUAGUUAUUAAACGACGUUUUUAAAUCAACUCAGUAUUUUUCUGACGUCUUUACAAAAUAGUGCCAAAGUUGAAAAACAAGUGUUUACUAGGCAAAUACGCAUAAAACACCGAAUCUUGACAAAUUACCAUUCUAAGUAUUUUUUUUGGUUUGCAAAACCGGCACCGGCGCAUUUCUGCUUCAUUCUUUUCGAUUUCAAUAGGGGUAUUCUUUGAGUCUUGCAAAGCCCUUGCACGGUGCAGGGAUUGCA